AUGAAAAUAGUGUUGGCGCUUUCUGUUCUGGCGGUGGCUGCGGCGGCGCCUCAGGGCUACGGAGCCCCUCCCCAGGGCUACGGAGCCCCGGUGGGCGGCGCAGCGGCCUCGCAGCUGCCAGUCUAUGGCGCCUCACAGGGGUCUGCCGGAGCCCAGAGCCAAGACGCUCAGGCCAGAACCAUCAGCGAGGAGAACAUCAACAAUGGUGACGGCACCUACCGCUUCAGUUUCGAGACGGACAACGGCAUCCUGCGAGAGGAGGAGGGUGACGGCACCCAGGUGAGGGGCAGCUACAGCUACACCGCCGACGACGGCACGCCCGUGGAGAUCACCUUUGUGGCCGACGAGAACGGCUUCCAGCCUGAGGGCGACGCGCUGCCGACGCCGGUGCCCACAGAGUACCCGACACCCGAGGUGCCGGCCACGGAGGCGGCAGCGGGCUCCUACUCGGCUCCUGCGGCUGCAGCGGCCUCCUACUCGGCUCCUGCGGCUGCAGCGGCCUCCUACUCUGCCCCCUCGGCGGCAGCGGCCUCCUACUCGGCCCCCUCGGCUGCAGUGGCCUCCUACUCGGCCCCCAGCCGCUCAUACGGCGGCGCCUUCUAA